AUGGCAGGUUUGUUUGACAAGCAGGCAGCUACGUAUGUGGAUGCAAGGCCAAGAUAUCCAAGCGAAUGGUUUUCGAUGUUGGCUGCUCUCACCCCUCGCCACUCUUUAGCUUGGGAUGUUGGCACUGGCAAUGGUCAAGCGGCUCUUGGUGCUACUGAGCAUUACAAGCAAGUGAUAGCAACUGACAUAAGUAAAGAACAAUUAGAGCAUGCCAUAUCACAUCCCCAAGUUCAUUACUUGCAUACCCCAUUAACGAUGUCCGAUGACGAACUAGUGAACUUACUUGGGGGUGAAAAUUCAGUAGAUCUCAUUACUGUGGCUUCAGCUGUUCAUUGGUUUGAUCUAGAAAAGUUCUAUCCAAUCGUCAAGCGCGUUCUAAGAAAGCCAGGAGGCAUAUUUGCAGUUUGGUGCUACUCGGAAAUGAACUUUAGCCCAGAAAUGGAUCUUCUCUUAAGGAUCCAGUUUGAGAGAACCUUUCCUUUUCAGAACCCAAAUUUAAAGUAUGCAUUAGAGUGUUACAAGACACUUCCAUUUCCUUUUGAAAGUGUAGGUGUUGGGUGCGAGGGUCAGCCACUGGAAUUGGACAUGGAAAAGGAGAUGUCAUUUGAGGGACUUUUGAAGUUUUUAAAUUCAAUUUCAGCAUUUAACACAGCCAAGGAACAAGGAGUAGAUUUAUUGUCUGAAAAAGUUGCCAAGGAACUUGAGAGUGCAUGGGGUGGUCCUGAACUGGUUAGAACUGUUAUCUAUAAGGCAUACAUGCUUGCAGGGAAGGUUAAGCUCUAG